AUGAGCUCUAAGGACCCACAUGCGGGGUCGGCUCCGCCAUCAAACUCGAAGCAAACAGAAGACCAUGUGGAGGACAUUCAGGGCCCCGGAUUGGAUCUAUCAUCUUUGUCGAGUGCCCUCAAGGCCCGGAAGGCUGAAUACACCCGCCGGAGAACGAUCCGAGUGAAGAUUGGGACAUGGAACGUAGCGGCCAUUCCCGGCACCGAGAAGGAUAUCGGGAAGUGGUUCAUCGAAGGCCAGGGAGUGUGUGAGAGGUUUUCUGGUGUGAAGGGCGAGUGGCUGGAGCACACAGAAACUACGGACGAGCCUUCUUCGAGUGGAACGGAAGAUGACUCGAAGAAAAAGUCGUUCAAAACGAGGCCCGAGGAGGUCGAUCUCUAUGUUCUCGGCCUGCAAGAGAUUGUAGAUGUCUCGUCACCUGCGGAGGCACUGAGACCGUAUACUGAUACCGGACCAUCGAAUAGGUGGAAAGAAGCGGUUCAUAAGGCUCUUCCUUCUGGAUAUCAGCUGGUCUCGGAGGGGCAGUUGAUCGGCCUUCUACUUUUGAUCUACGCCUCGCCUGCAAUUCUAGACAGUGUGUCGUCUAUCAGCACCACAUCGGUCGGGACUGGGCUGAUGGGGUAUAUGGGAAACAAAGGUGCUGUGGCUACUCGGCUGGUGCUCGGCGAAACGACCAAGCUCGUGUUCGUCAACAGUCACCUUGCAGCAGGAUCCGAUAAAGGCAGUUUGGAACGCCGGAACUGGGAUGCUUCGCAAAUUAUAGCACGCGCAAAGUUCGAACCAGUGGAAAAGGGCCAAGAUACUCAGGAAGACGUCUCUGAACGUAUCGGUGAUGAAGAUUUCACUUUCUGGUUUGGCGACUUGAACUACCGCUUGGACGACAUCCCGGGCGACGACGUACGACAAGUAUUAUCUCGACACACCGACAAUGCAUACGAUAAUGCCCGUCAAGAAAACAAGAAAAAGACCAGUUCAGCUGACUCUCAGGUUGAUCCGGAAGAUCAUCCGAAACAAUCACUGUCGGAAAUUUCAGUUUCCGAAGAAGAUGGAUGGCUGGAGCCCGUGACCGACGACGAAAUUGAUCCUCAUAAUGAUCCUGCCUCCCUCCAGACUACUAUAUCCUCCUUGAUUGUUCACGACCAAUUGCGCGUUCAACAGCAGAAGGGAACAGCAUUCCAUGUAGGAUGGCAAGAGGGUCAAAUCACGUUCUUGCCCACAUACAAAUACGAUAUCGGAAGCGUAGCCAUGUUCGAUACAAGCGAGAAACAGCGUGGCCCCAGCUGGUGUGAUCGGAUCCUUUUCCGCACCCGUCAGAAUAAGCUGAAGCAUGAGCGGCUUGAUCGAGAAGCCGAAGAGGCUCGAAAGCGAGACAAAGAAAUGGAAGCUCAGGGGCUUGAUAAAGCUGUCGCUGACGAUAAUGUGCUCUUCGACUAUGAUCCUGAUAUGGAUGGGGCAGAUGAUAGCGGCAACGUAGAAGAGUCCGUUUCAGAUAACGAUCGGUCCGAUGUCUCGUCUGUUGCAUCCCAUGCAUCAUCGGGAGAAGCCGUCCAUCUGGCGCAUUACGUCUCACACCAAGGCAUUCUUUCCUCAGACCACAAGCCCUUGGAGGCUAUAUUUACAUUGAAUUAUGAUGCGGUGCAUCCUAAACUUAAGGCCAAGGUCCACCAGGAGGUGGCUCGGGAAUUGGAUAAAGCCGAAAACGAAUCUCGGCCUGGCUUGACCGUCGUGGUAGACACUCAUCAUGAUGGCCAGAGAUCGACGGAUGACCCGAAUGCCGUGGACUUCGGGGAUGUUCCCUUCGACGUUCCUAUUCACCGCUCCUUAACGAUAGCAAACACGAGUGGUGCUCCGGCCACUUUCUCCUUUGCUGAGAAACCCAGUCAUGGGGAUGAGAGCAGUUCGGAGACCCCAUCCUGGCUUGAGAUCCAUAUCGAGCGAGCUUCAGAAGAAAAGGAGCAGACUUCUGCUAACCCUGGAGCUAGUUCAAGUCAUACAUUACACCCAGGCGAGGUAGCCAAUGUUGAUGUUACUGCCCAUGUUCGCAAAAUCGAAGAUGUUCGCUUGCUUAAUCUCAAGAAAGUCAAGCUUGAAGAAGUUCUUGUUCUUCAUGUAGACAGUGGGCGAGACCAUUUUAUUUCCGUCUCAGGCCAUUGGCUUCCAACUUGCUUCGGCUGCAGCGUGGAUGAGCUGACUCGAAUGCCCGAGGCUGGCGCUAGAAGUCUCUCAACGAAUGGAAAGUCGCCAUUUAAACAAGAGAAUGAUGUCCGACUCUCUGCUCCUCGUGAACUCUUUCGAUUGACCGAGGCAAUCUCAGAUCUCACAGAACGAGCAGUAGCCGAGUGGGACAUGACACGGGGCGAAUCUGAGCAGGCGCCGUGGACCAGAGACCCUGGGGGCACUGCGUGGCCCUUCGCGCCAGAUACAUGGACCCUGAAAGAGCAGCAAGCGCGCGCACCUCUUUGUGUGGCUGUUCGCGAAGCCCUCGAUACGAACGAGUCUAUUGGAUCUGUCUUUGGCCCGGAAGUCCCUCCUCUUCAUCGUCUCGAGAUCCUCGCGGAAACCCUCUUGACGUUCCUUACCUCCCUCAGUGAUGGCAUCGUCACUGCCCCAGUAUGGCAAGAAAUGGAAAAGCAAUUGAUCGCCCGCGAAAAGUCAAAAGCGCCACCACGGUCCUGGGACGAGCUCCAAGCCUGGGUUCUGGAGCACCUCGCCUACUCCCCCGCGCACAGUGUCUCCUUCACGUUUGUAACAUUCAUGCUCGUCCGGAUCGCUAACGAGGUGGCACCUGUACCAUCCGUCGCACCGCCAAGCCCUGCGCGCUCCUCGACCUCGGACCCCAAAAAACAAUCCUCCGAUUCGAAAGAGCCUGAAGAAGGAAACCCUCCUCCGUCUCAGACUACCAGCAAUCCCAACCCCGAGCAACAGCCCGCCGUUGCACGCAGACAAGCCGUUGAGUCGGACUUCGCAAGUAUUUUUGCGAAGGUCCUCAUUUCACCCUCUGCACCCGCGCCGGCAAAAGAGAAGGAGCGCCGCGCGUCAGAUGAACGCAAGAAGUGCAUUAUUGAGCCAUUCUUGAAAAUGAUUGGUGUGGAUGAGCAAGGACCCUCCGGCGGUCGCACUUAA